AGAAGGUAGCGAGUUGGCCUUGGUUUUGAGUGCUUACAUGCUAUAUUUUCAGCUGCUGUGAAGCCUAGGUCCAAUUUUGAACCUCUCAAUGUAAGACUAGCUUCUCGAUGCUUAUUACGAAGUAGUAGUAGCCUUAACCCACAGAUAAAGGGCACUUUCAGUGUCUACUUAAACUAUAAGGCAACUAGUCCAACGCCAGUAAUGAUUUGAACUUCAUUCAUGCGGGAUGUACUUCGUAGAAGAUCGACAGGGUUGAGUCGAUCCCGAGGUCUCACCAAAACCCUCUCGACCACGAUCUCGAAAUGAAGGAGAUGCGCAUGCUUACCCACCUUAAACGCGAAGGCGUAUAUGGAAUAGGCUAACCAAUACAUUCUAUAUACCAUAACGAUACGACAUUUACAUGCUAGAACCUUGCUUGCAAUCGUGAAAAUGACGCGGCCUCCACAGCUCACUACAAUUCUCGUAGAGCGUAUAUCCGAUGGCGCAGCUUUGUUCUACUACAAUCAGCCUAAGAUCUCUAAUGCCUUUACUGUGAAGCAGUAUCUCGAGUUCCGGGAAGCGUUGGUAUGGGCAAGAGAUGAACCUGCGAUUAAAGUACUGGUGUUAAUCGGGAAGCUCCUAGAUGUGUAUACUUCCUUCGACCUCGUCUACGCGCAUCCCGCCGCCUUCUUCCAAACCCCCUUCAUGCCGAUCGGCUUUGUCCCCGAGGGUGGCCCUUCUCACACUUUCCCCAAAGUUAGGGGGCAACAGCAUGCCAAUGCGCUGCUCCUCGCCGGUGACCGGCUGUUGGCGCAGGACAUGUAUGUGUCAGGGCUUGUGACGGCCGUGGUGCCGGCGGAGUCGACCGAGGAGUUCUUGGGUAAAGUGUGUGAGAAGGCGAGGAGGAUUGCGGGGUUUGGUGGAGAGAGUUUAGGGAUGGCGAAGGCGCUGGUGAGGGAGGCAGAGGGGGUCGAGAGCAGGAGGAGGCGUCGAGGAGGGAGGGGAGGGAUUUGGUGGUUAGGUUGAGUAGUGAGGAUGCGAAGGCCAGUAUGCGGGCGUUUGCGGAGAAGGUGGGGCCGUCGAAGCAGUGAGAUUUAAUGGGACUAUUAUUAAAGGAUCUUUAGUGUAGAAGGUCUAAUUGAUGCUGAG